AUGUUUCGACCAACGGUGAAAAGGAAGAUUCAGCAAGACCCAUCAUCAUCCCAAAUCCACCUUCCGGCGGUACCAGACGGCGAAGGUCAAUUCGACAGACCUCCCCCUAGCUCGUUCACCCUAUACGCCUAUUCAGCAACGGGUUGCUCAGAGGAGUCAUACAAUGCCUCUGUGGAUGACAUCCGGAGACCAAGUGGCCUCGGGAGAGCAGCUUCGUUCUCUUCUUAUCGCUCGAUGCCAGCGUCGCCAUCGUUCCCACCACCUUCCCAGAAUCACUUCGAAGAAAGCGACCUUGGGCCGGAAGAAGAUAAUACUCCGAGAAGCCGUACCGUCAGCUCCCCCAAUCUCUUAAGGUCUCUCAGCAUGAAGGCCAAGGCCAAGCUCCGCUCGAAACGAGCGUCCAUCUCAAGCGUUUUCCAGCUCUCGCCAGCGAAAGCUGCAGAGGUAACGCUUCCUUCACCCAAUCCACCCCAUCCGUCGGUUUCAGCUCCGAAAAUACCCCAGCUACCGGGGGAAGUGGUGGAAAUCGUUUUCUCCCAUGUACCCCGUGAGCAGAUACCCAAGCUGGCCAGCCUAUCCCAUGCCUUUGCCGCUGCAGCCAGAGGCUGUCUUUACCGCAGGAUCGACCUUCAAAAACUGACCGACAAGCAGCUCGAGAAGUUGCUGGCCUUGCUGGCGUCGAGACUUGAUCUGACGGAGCUGGUGCAGCACUUCUCCUGCACGACAUGGCCAUCUUUCUUUAACGCUGGUCGUCACUCGAAGGCAGUACCGGCGACUGCAUCGUCUCCCGAUCGGGAGGACCAACUCCGCAACACUCUGCUUACCGCCACCUUCACUCUCGCCUUGCAGCGCAUGACCAACUUGACGCAUCUCACACUCCCUUCCUUCGACAUAGCAUUACUUUCCCAACAUACUGCAUUCGGACUGAAGAGUAUCACUUUCCUUAAUACCACUAUCUCAAGCGAGGAGGUGACCAGCUUGUUGACAUGGCUCGAUGGCCAAAUCAACAUCUCGACACUUGCCUUCCCUAAUCUCGAGGACUUCUUCCCCUCCCAGCCUUCUACUAUUCCCAGCGAUAACUCAAUGGUCCCUAAUACACCCUAUGCGACGAAAACGGAUACGCCCACAUACUACCUACACACCCCCCAAGCAAGUAAUACCCACCAACCUAAUUCCUCGUUCACACACAACAACCCGUAUCUCAAAGUCUCGCCAGUGUCAACGCCGAUGUCCCCGUCCUUCCACCUGAGCGUCCCUCAAGCAGCACUCUCUUCGACCAGCCUCGCUGCCCCUUCCGUUCUAUUCGACUCCUCGACUCUUCUCCCCAUGGUCACUACGCUUCAUGUGACGCCUGCCCUCCUCGCGCAUCUGAUCCCUGUGGCACCCAGCACGUCCACAAUCUCCUCCUCGAGUCCCAGGCAGAGCCUCGCCGGACUGGCUCGCCCUUUCCUACGCAAGGUCUCCUUGAACGUCAGCACCAACCUUUACGAUGGUCUGAGGCCAUCUGCCAUCAUGUCCUGUCUCAAGGGCAUUAACCAGCUUUCGAUGCGCUUCUCAGAGAGUGUCGAUCGUCGCACGGUGGAGAAGAUGUUAACAGCUGUGUCCUCUGCGUUAGGCUCUUCUUCCGAUGAAGAACCUGAGCCGGAGAGCAAGCAGAGCGGUCUCGAGUCGCUCGAAGUUAUCUUCAAGACCAAGGCGACGCUCUCUCGUGGAAUGGAAGAUAUGGUCUACCGUACCCUCCAAAGUACGCUGUCCCGGUACUCAGGCCUUCGAAACCUCAAGCUAGAUUUCGUCUCCAACCAGCGCGGCGGGAAGUCGCUUCCUUUGAUACCUCUGGACGUCGCAGUCGCCAACUCAAAAGCAACUACGACACCCGGUACAGUCCUGGCGUCACCGGAACCGAUCCAGGAUGACGAUUUCCUCAAGGUGGAAGACUCGGAUCCCGGCAACCUGAACGAAUCGUUCAAAUUCCCCGCCUUCCCCCUUCCACCAGCCUCUCCAUCUCUUCUCCCCUUCCCAGUCACUCAAUCCAAUACCCUUGUCUUUUCUCGAUCUACCGACCAGGUGUCCAACCUGUCAAGGCCCAGCUCAGCUCGCUCGUCCCGCGUCUUUUUCUCCAAUCCAAGCCGCCAAUCGUCUCUCAGCUCUUCCGACCGUAGCAUGACAGGUUCUCCGGACAGACAUACGACGCAGGAGCGAGCCAAAAUCGAGACUUGGGUUAGCCAUUGCCCCUCUUUGAGGACGGUUACGCUCUCGGGGAUGACUUGGUACAAUCCAGUGUGGUUACCUGCUUUGAAAAACACAUAG